GUGGGCGAAAAGUCAGGAGGGAAUGGGUCUGGAACAUGGCCAUACAGCCCGGAAAACUCACAGCAACCCAGCGAUUCCGGCCAUGAAAGCCUUCGACAGCACAUUAAUAGGCCAAGUUUGACAAAAGUCUAAUCACAGAACAGGCUUAAAGGUGGAUAAACUGGCCUUUAAAAAAUAAAUUCAAGCGACACCCUAUGAUCUUGGUAAACUCAUCCCUCUUCUUCCCAGCCCGAGUUCAUAGGUGUCUUAAUUGAUUUAUGGAAGGGGCACGACGCUUUUGACCAACCAGAGGGACGGUUCUGCCAGGAGAAAUACGGUAUUAGUGCUGCGCGCCGCCGCCGCCUGCCUUUGGCCCCGCUUUUCCUGCGCCGUCCCUCGUCCACUCGGUGCUAUACGGUACUUGGACGGCGGGCAAGAGCCAGACGCAUGUGCAGCCCGGGCGGUGUGUGUGUGUGUGUGUUUCUGUAUGUGUUAGUGUCCCUCCCUCCAGCAUCCCCACGCGGGGCACCGGCUUGUGUACACAAAAGACGCGCACGUAGGGAGAGGAGGCAUCCGCACACAACUGGCACUGCUGGGCUGUGUAUAAUACAUUCACGCACACAUAUCUAUAUAUAUCAAUCCUGGGCAAACUUGGGCCCUCCAGGGGUUUUGGACUUCAACUCCCACCAUUCCUCACAGCCUCAGGCCCAAGUUUGCUCAGGUCUGAUAUAUACACAUGGCUCGCAUUUCCUCACACGUGUGCUGCAUUAUGCCGUGAAGGCCUAAUAAUGGCUCGUCAGGAUGGGCUUCUUGCAUUCGCACUGACCAUUUAGUGCGGUUUCACACCGGUCUUGAAGAAAGUGGAGCCAGAAUGGUGAUGGAACAAAGCACUGAGGCACCUUAAAAGGUUUUGCUUUGGGCAGUCUCAAGCGAGCUUCGAACUGGAUUUCUAGGGUCAAGUGUAGAUGGGGAGUCAGUCCUUCUCUGGCUGAAGAAAGUGGCUUCACAGCAAACCUUAGAAGCAGAAUGAUGGCACAAAGCACAGAGGCACAUGGAGCCCCCGGUGGCGCAGUGGAUUAAAGCCUUGUGCCGGCAGGACUGAUGACUUGAAGGUCGGGUUGCUGACCUGAAGGUUGGCAGUUCGAACCCAACUCGGGUAGAGUGUCAGCUCCUGCUCCAUGUAGGGAACAUGAGAGAAGCUUCCCACAAGGAUGGUGAAAACAUCAAAACAUCCGGGUACCCCCCCCCCCCCCGCAACGUCCUUGCAGACGGCCAAUUCUCUCACACCAGAAGCGACUUGCAGUUCCUCAAGUCGCUCUUGACACACACACACUCACAAAAGCAAAAAAAAAAAAGAAAAAAAGAGGAACAUUAAAGGGUUUUGAUUUGGGUGGAACAUUAAAGGGUUUUGAUUUGGGUGGAGGCCGUAUGAAGCGAGCUUCGAACUGCGUUUCAAGGUUCAGUGUUGAUGGGGGCAGAGUUGUGUGUGUGGGGAUAGGGGUUCACCCCCCCCCCCGAUUUUUUCAGUUUUUUUUUAAACCCGGUUUUCUCAUGAAUUUUAAAUGGUUAACUAAAUUCCCAUGAGUGUCCACUGAAGUUUUUCUGUCUUGAGUGUCCACUGAAGUUUAUCUGUCUUGUGUGUGCACUGAAGUUUAUCGAUGGAGCCUAAUUUCUAAAUUAUUUUGCGUUAUGGAACUGCUCUUCAUGGUCCUGGAUUGGGGGGGGGGGGGGGGUCCUUCUCUGGCUGAAGAAAGUGGUUUCCUAGCAAACCUUGGAAGCCAGAAUGAUGAUGGCACAAAGCACCGAGGCACAUUGAAGGGUUUUGCUUUGGGUGGCGGCAAUCUGAAGCGAGCUUCGAACUGCGUUUCAAGGGUCAGUGUAGAUGGGGCUGGUGGAGAGAGAGCGAGCGAGAGCGAGGGAGAGAGAGGGAAAGGGAAGUCUGCGAAGCUGCAACUGAGUGGCGUUGUUGCGCCGGCUGUGGCGGCGUUGGCGGCGGGGCUCCUUCUCUGCCUCGUCCCUCGAGCGCCUCAGCGAGUCGAGAGCGGCUGGAGCCGAGGACGAGGCGGGGAAAAUGCCCAGGAAGGCUCCCAUGCGGUUGCCGCUUUGCCCGGAGAGCCUGGGCUUCCCGGCCGGGCCGAGAGGGGCUCGCCUCCGCGCCGCUUGAGCGCCCACCCGCCCUCCCGCCCGGGGCUCUGCUCUUGGGCCACCUGCCUGGCCAUGCCAUGCUCCGCGCCCGCUUUGCCGCUCGGUAUGCCUCCGGAGGCUGCAGCAACGGACCCCGCGCUGCUCUCUCCUCUCUCCUCUCGGGCUUCCUCUCCUUCUCCGCCGCCGCCACCAGCAGCAACAGCAGCAGCAGCAGCAGCAGCUUUGAAACAGGCAGAGCAGCAACCUGCGCCAAGGAAGGAGCGGUAGAGAGAGCCCGCAAUGCCUUGGCCUCCGUCCUCCUUCCUCGUUCCCCCCGCCGCCUGCCGCCUCGCUUCAAGCAGGGCCGCUAGACACAACACCGCCACGCAGGAGGGGGAAAAGUAAAGGAGAGAGAGAGAGAGGGAAGGGGAGAGAGGGAGAGAGAGAGGAAAAAAAGCCCAGGAAGAUGGCGCCCACCAAGCCAAGCUUCCAGCAGGAUCCUUCCAGGCGAGAACGAAUAACUGUCCAGCAUCCUCUGCCCAACCAAUCAGAAUGUAGGAAAAUCUACAGAUAUGACGGAAUCUACUGUGAAUCUACCUACCAGAAGGACUGCUACUAACUCAUCAGCCUAUGCCUGCUUGACAGUGGUAAUUGCCUCUCCCAGAAACCCAUGCCUGAUGGACCCUUCCAACAUGGGCCAGCUGCCAGCCUCAGUCUCCCAGUAUAGAACAAGUCUGGACAUGCCCAUGACAAGACACCACUCUUGGGUUACCCCACCCAGUUUACAAGCCUUGAGAAAGGAAAAAUCCCGAGAUGCUGCCCGUUCUCGCCGAGGGAAGGAAAACUUUGAAUUCUAUGAGUUGGCCAAAUUGUUGCCACUCCCUGCAGCUAUUACAAGCCAAUUGGACAAGGCAUCCAUCAUCCGAUUAACAAUUAGCUAUUUGAAGAUGAGGGACUUUGCUAAUCAGGGGGAUCCUCCAUGGAACUUGCGAAUGGAAGGACCACCACCCAAUACGUCAGUAAAAGGGAUACAAAUGUGGAAAUCUGAGGUCUGCAUGAGAAAGACACCAUGUGAAGUUAUAGGUGCCCAGCGCAGGAGAAGCCCCAGUGCACUUGCCACUGAAGUAUUUGAGUCUCAUUUGGGAAGUCACAUUUUACAGUCACUGGAUGGAUUUGUAUUUGCACUAAACCAGGAGGGAAAAUUUUUGUACAUUUCCGAAACAGUCUCCAUCUAUCUUGGCCUAUCCCAAGUGGAACUGACAGGCAGCAGCGUCUUCGACUACGUCCACCCUGGAGACCAUGUGGAGUUGGCAGAGCAGCUGGGCAUGAAGCUUCCCCCGGGGCGAGGCCUCCUCUCGCAGGGAACGGCCGAGGACGGAGCCAGCUCAGCAUCUUCAUCUUCCCAGUCAGAGACCCCGGAACCAGUGGAAUCAACGAGUCCCAGUCUACUUGCAGCCGACAACGAUCUAGAUCGUUCGUUUUUCAUGCGGAUGAAAUCCACCCUGACUAAGCGAGGUGUACACAUAAAGUCUUCAGGAUAUAAGGUGAUUCAUAUAACAGGAAGGUUACGCCUGCGAGUGUCGCUAUCCCAUGGGCGGACAGUCCCCAGCCAGAUCAUGGGGCUUGUAGUGGUUGCUCAUGCUUUGCCUCCUCCUACGAUCAAUGAAGUCAGAAUUGACUGCCACAUGUUUGUAACUCGAGUGAACAUGGACCUCAAUAUCAUUUACUGUGAAAACAGGAUUAGUGAUUACAUGGAUCUGACCCCUGUAGAUAUCGUAGGGAAGAGAUGUUACCACUUCAUUCAUGCUGAAGAUGUGGAAGGGAUCAGGCACAGUCAUUUAGACCUGCUGAACAAGGGUCAGUGUGUAACAAAAUACUACCGCUGGAUGCAGAAGAAUGGAGGUUAUAUUUGGAUACAGUCUAGUGCCACUAUUGCUAUUAAUGCCAAGAAUGCAAAUGAGAAGAACAUCAUCUGGGUCAAUUACCUUCUGAGCAACCCAGAAUACAAAGACACGCCAAUGGAUAUUGCCCAGCUUCCUCAUUUGCCAGAGAAAACCUCUGAAUCCUCAGAGACCUCAGAUUCUGAAUCUGACUCAAAAGACAACUCAGAGGACAAUGAAAAUUCAAAGUCGGAUGAGAAAGGAAACCAGUCAGAAAAUAGCGAAGACCCCGAGUCAGAUAGGAAGAAGUCUGGAAACCAAUCAGAUAAUGAAAUGAACUGUAAUGAAGAUGGGAACAGCUCCAGCAACCAGGACAGCAGAGACAGCGAUGAUAGCUUUGAAAACUCUGACUUUGAGAAUCAAAAGGCUCCAGAGGAUAGUUUUGGCACUCUCGGCUCUAUGCAGAUCAAGGUGGAACGAUACGUGGAGAGCGAAUCAGACUUGCGGUUACAGAAUUGUGAAUCAUUGAGCUCAGACAGUGCCAAGGACUCAGACAGUGCAGGAGAAGGAGAUGCCCAGUCUUCCAGCAAGCAUCAAAAGAGAAAGAAAAGGAGGAAAAAGCAGAAAGGAGGCAGUGUGACCCGCAGAAGGCUAUCAAGCACCUCAAGUCCAAAUGGACUUGACUCAGCAUUGGUGGAUCAGCCACAGCUGCUCUCAUCGCCAAACAGUGCCUCAGUGCUCAAAAUCAAAACCGAGAUCUCAGAACCUAUCAAUUUUGAUAAUGAUAGCAGUAUUUGGAAUUACCCACCCAACAGAGAAAUCUCAAGGAACGAAUCGCCCUACAGUAUGACCAAGCCCCCAAACUCUGAGCACUUCCCCUCCCCUCAAGCCAGCAGUAGUUUACAUGUUUCCAUUCCAGACUCUGUCCUCACCCCACCGGGGACUGAAAAUACUGCCAGCCGCAAAUCUCAGUUCAGCACCUCAUCCAGCUCCGCCUUGGCUCCUGUAUCUUCUGACCCUUUGUCACCACCUCUGUCCGCAUCUCCACGGGACAAGCACCCAGGAGGACCCAGCACCUCCAACCCUUUGUUGUACACUGGGGAUCUGGAAGCCCUUCAGAGGUUGCAGGCAGGCAAUGUGGUCCUUCCUUUGGUUCACAGGGUAACUGGAACCCUUGCUGCCACCAGCACGGCUGCUCAGAGGGUCUAUACCACUGGCACUAUUCGGUAUGCUCCAGCUGAAGUUACUUUAGCCAUGCAGGGCAAUCUUCUCCCCAAUACCCACGCUGUUAAUUUUGUGGACGUUAACAGCCCCAGCUUUGGACUCGAUCCUAAAACACCGAUGGAAAUGCUCUACCACCACGUUCACCGACUCAAUAUGUCAGGACCAUUUGGAAGUGCUGUGAGCGCGGCCAGUCUGACCCAAAUGCCUGCAGGGAAUGUGUUCACAACUGCCGAAGGACUGUUCUCCACUCUUCCAUUUCCUGUGUACAGCAAUGGCAUUCAUGCCGCACAGACACUGGAACGGAAGGAGGAUUGAAAUAUGACCACAUACUGUGUUCAGUGUUAAACUCUGAGGCAUAGACUAUAUUUUAAUUUUAGACCUUUAAUUCUAGCACUUUGAAUUUGAGCAGGUCAGCUUAUUCACUCAAUAUGAUGGUCCCAUUUCAUUCCCUUUCUCUUUAACUUGACUUAUUCUUUAAUGUAAAAUAUAUUUUUUUAUUUUUGCCUUCAGAGAGCUGAAGUACCAGUUGCCUGCCAUUUCUUCCAAGAUGUGUAUUUUUUUCUUUGCAUCUUAAUUAAGAUGCUUUUAAUAUGUGUAUGCCUCUGCCAUAGAAUACUCAGUGUUGUGGUAAAGAGAUUUUAAGAGUGACAACCAUUGGGUUACUUCCGAACGAUCUUGAUAUGAUCAAGAUUGAAAAAACAAGCAUAAAACAAUGUACCCUGUUUGACUAAGUCAAAUGAAAGGGGGUUUUUUGUUCCUAAUUCCUUUAAAAAAUAGGGGAUAGUAUUUUAGAAUUUUAUGCAGAGUUUAAUUCACUUUUUAUGGUUAAGAUUUUCUUACUUGCACAUACAAUAAUUUGGAUUCUUAAAAAGUUAAUUUCUGGCCUGUGAUUAGAAUAUUAAGAAGAUGGACUAAAUGUUAACUUAAUUUCUAAAACCAUGGUGCUAUCAUUUAUUAAUCUGUAAUGUCUUCACACAAUAUGCAGCUUGUGGGCUGGGAUUUUUGAAAGAAUGUCUUCUGUGCUAGUCAAUAGUCAGGUGCUGCAGUCUCCUUGGUUAGUUAAGACAAAAGCCCUCAUUAACAUUUGCUGCAGGACCUAAUUUUUUACCUCCAAACUAACAAACAUAGCCUCAUAUUAAAUUUAUAUGGAUCUGGAAGCCUUUUUUCUUGUUGUGAAAGCGCUGAAAAUAGAACAAGAAAACAGCUGAAUUGACUUGAGGAUGUUUUUGGUUUUGUUUGUUUGUUUUAGAUGUGUAUUGUUUCUCGUUUUAUUUUAUUUUUCUCAGUGUGACUGAGGCUAAUUUUACAACUUCCAAAUAACACUUCAGAGUAAGGAAAAUAUAUAUAUAUUAUAUAUUUAACAUGUUUUUUAUUUUUUCAUUUAAAGUUAUAGAGGGAAGGUUGUAUUUUUAUUUUUUUCCCAUUGGUUUGUCUUUUGUAAUCCCCCUCUCCUCCUCCUCCUUCUAGUGUUGAAGCCAAUAUGUUUUAACAAAUGGGUUAAUAAGCUUGAAAAUAGAUAACUGCAACUAAAAACUGCACAUUAAGUAAAAACAGAAGAAAAGAAAUCUCCUAUUUUGUCUUUGUUGCCAGAAAUCAAUGUAGUGUCAAACACGCCAAAUGACUGUCAAGUAUAAAUUCUUCUUCCACUCCAUCUUUGGCAGCUGUUUGUUAAAGCAUCUAAUAACAGAUGUGAGAACUGUAAUGUGUACAAUGUGUAAGUGUCCUUGGCUGUCAGUCCAUUGCAGUUUCAAUGUGUGUUACUAUAUGCAGUAUAUACUAAGCUAAUGUAGUUGUUUUGUCCUUUGUCUUCUCUGUGCUUUAUCUCUAGUCUGGAGUGGUAAAGUCCCAUUCCUACAGUCCUAGUGAACCAGUGAUUCUUGGGGGUUAGUGGUUUUUGUGUGGUGGCCUUCCUCUGUAACGUCACCUUAUGCUGCUUCCACUGUCUGUAUACCUUUUCAUUUCUGCUGUUGCUUUGCUGUUGUGUAAACUCAGACCUCUCUCUCUCUCUCUCUCUCUGUCUCUCUCUCCCACUUCCAUCCCUUCACCUUUUCCUCCCCUUUUUCUCUCUCUUUCUCCAUUCUCAGAGAUAAAAGACUCUUAACUAGCUCAAGGUUAAUGGAGCCAUUUUUCCCCACAGAGGAAUUCUGGGUCUGCCUCGUUCUCACUGUGUGCAUCACACAAUGCACUAAAGAGUGAUACUCAGAUAUAUUAAACAAAGUGAUGCCAUAUAGCCUCAGUUGUUAACAUUUCCAGAGUCCCCUGUGCUCUAACUGUAAGUAGAGGGUGCAUUUCUUUGGUUUUUCUCCCAAGUAGGUUAAUGGCGUAAUAGAGAGAGAGAGAGCAAUUUCAAGUAAGGUAGAAAAAUCCUUUCAAAGGUCAACCAGCAUGGUUUAAAAGGAAGCUGAGCUUAUGACUGUGAUAUAUACAUACAUAUAUAUUUUUGCAUAUAUGUACAGUGUUAAUAUAUUUCAGCUCAGUUGUUCUCAACCAUUUAGGUAAUACACUGUGUUAAGCCAGCCCCGGGUCCAGCUGGUUUAGAAUCUGAGAGAUAAGUCUGAAAAGAGUGAAAUGGGACAAUUCCCCCCAAAGGGUGUUGGGUGUCACAAAUUUUGAUAAAUGGACUUUUAAAGGGUUAGAUUUGAAGGAUUUCAAAAUAGAUUUCAAAGGCAAGGGAAGCUGAUUUGGGUUUACCUUUGGAAACUCUGCUCUAGCUAUUGAACAAUCAAAGGAGUGCACCUAUCAGCUACAAUUUUUAAAAAAACAGCUAGACAGCUGUUGUUGUUUUAUUUUUUUUUAUAAAUGUUUCUGUGUUGUGUCAAGAUGAUUUCUGGUGAUUUAAACUAACAGAUAAUCACAGCUGCUGUCUAAAUCCAUAGUGUUUAAAAUUACAAAAUGGUAAAAAAAACCUUCAUUACCUGUGAAGACUGUGUCUGUGUUUUUAACUAUUUCUUGUACAAAUAUAUGAAAUCUUUUAUGAGGAGACUGGUGCCAAGUAGCUGAAUAAAGGGGAAAGGGAUUUUGUUCGUAUAAAUCUUAGCAGUGUUACCAACUCUACAAUAUAUAAAAAAAUUAAAAUGUUAAAAAAUGACAGCUAUGGUACAUUUAUUUUGUGUUAACCUAACCGAAUCUAACUUUCUGAGUGCCUGGCUUAUUCGAAACAUUUUUUUUCAUUGAUCAUUGAUAAUGCUGCAAAUCAGAAAUGUACAUACUUCAUUUACAACAGGGUUCUUUUUAUACUUUUGUAGAUUCUCAUACAUGUCAUACAUGGUUGUCUUUAUGUAACUUAAUUUUUUUUCAUCCCGCAGGUGCCAUUUUCAUAAUAAACUUCUCUUGGAUUUGUUA